UUUCUGUAACACACACGCCACAAGAUCGCACUGGGAAAACGGGGAGAGGAAAGACAAUUAUAGGCGAGCGAGGCGAAGGAAAGACCGCAGCCGCUGCGCGCGUUUCGCUGGUUGAGUAGUGUCUGUUUGAAAAGGGGGGAGAGAAGUGGCGCCGUGUCCUUUAGCGCGGACUAACAUGGGGGAGAGAGCGAGCUCCUGACGCGCAUUGACUUUGAGUGAACCUCUGCUCCGCGGCGCGCGGGGAACAAGGAAGACGCGUUCUCGGCUCGCGGCUCGCGGUGGGAUGUUGGUGUAAACACACAAAUACCACGCAAACACCGAGCGGACGCUUCUUCGCGGGGGGACAGAGAGAACACAACGAACCGCGGCGCGGAUGGACGUUUGGCGGUAGGUUUUGCGUUGGGUUGUUGUGGUGUGAGGAGCGCAGGCCUCUCGUUCAGCCUUCGGCCGGCUCGUCAACACGGGUUCAGCGUAGCGGGUCACGGGAGCCGGGAAUUGGCUGUUUAACGUUCAUUAGAUACUUUAGAGACAGCGGCGGGCAGGUUGCAUUAAGCCACAGAGGGUAAACAUUCCCAGAUAGAUCAACUAUUCGGGGGGGGGGGGGGCGUCAUAGAAGAAUAUACAGAAAAGGCUUCUUUGCGCCAUCGGGAGAUCAUCUUAACUGCGGAGGAAAAAAACAUCGUGCACAGGAGUAGGCAGGUAGCGAAUCCUCCUCCGGCUCAGCUCAGCGCGGGGGGGCAAAAGACGAUUUUUAAAUGUUAAUGUCGACCGACGUUGCAUCCAUCAUGCUGCCUGUGUCCCGGGGUCUCAUGGACCGGGAUAGAGAGCUGGAGCCCAUGGCCGGGGUGCACCCCAACGCCGGCGUCGCCCCGGCGAUCGUGCGGGGCAUGAAGCGCGGGGACCCGGAGCCGGACGGACAGGCGGCGGCCGCUCUGGUGGACUCGACCGGGGCGGAGUGCAAGCGUCCCCGGAUCGACGGCUCCGGAGGGAUCGUCGAGGUUGGCCAGAACAACGACCCUUUGACCCUCGGUUACCAUGGCUACCCCUCUCACAGCCAGGGCUCCCAGGAUAGUGCCGGCGGUCAGGAGGGACUCGUGCCUCCACCUUUCUCCGCAUUCCCGCCGCCGCCACCUCCGCCCCCGCAGAACGGCCUGGCCUUGGAUUAUGGCGGGGGGCUGUACGCGGCGGGGGCCGUCCAAGGGCCCGUGGAAGCCGGCGGGCCGGCGAACAGCGUCGCAAACGUCGCCAACAGCCUCGGUGUCCAAUCCGACGGCUCCUCUCAGAUCGACGGCCCGUCAGUGGUCGGCUCAGCAGGAGGUGGAGGGAGCGCCGGCGAUGACUCCGAUGCCAAGGGGACCCCCAAGCGCCUCCACGUCUCCAACAUCCCCUUCCGCUUCCGGGACCCCGACCUACGGCAGAUGUUUGGGCAAUAUGGCAAAAUCCUCGACGUGGAGAUCAUUUUCAACGAGAGGGGGUCCAAGGGCUUCGGUAUUGGAAAAUUUGAGACGAGCGCGGAUGCGGAGCGGGCCAGAGAGAAGCUUCACGGCACGUUGGUGGAGGGACGUAAAAUCGAGGUGAACAACGCCACAGCUAGAGUGAUGACCAACAAGAAGAUGACCAUCCCUUACUCCAACGGGGAGGGCCUCGCGGCGCUGCCAUACGCCGGCUGGAAGUUGAGUCCCAUGGUGGGAGCCAUGUACAGCCCUGAACUCUACACAGGCACUUCAGCCGAUCUGUCCCAACUCCUCUGUCUCUCAGUGCCGGGGUUUCCGUACCCAGCAGCAGCAGCGGCGGCGGCGGCUGCCUCCACCGCCGCCUCCUUCCGAGGAGCCCACUUGCGGGGUCGAGCCCGCCCCGUCUACAGCGCCGUCAGGGCCGCUGUGCCGCAACCCGCCAUCCCUACCUACCCGGGUGUGAUGGCCUAUCAGGAUGGCUUUUACGGUGCAGCUGAUCUCUAUGGCGGCUAUGCAGCGUACCGCUACGCCCAGCCCACCGCGGUAGCGACUCCCGCGGCAGCGGCAGCCGCGGCGGCAGCUUACAGUGACAGCUAUGGACGAGUUUACACGGCAGACCCGUACCACGCCGCGCUCGCCCCCGCCGCCUACGGCGUUGGAGCCAUGGCCACACUGUACAGGGGAGGCUACAGUAGAUUUGCCCCUUAUUAAAGACACUACAUUUCCCAGGAGCUCCUCUCUUCCAUUGAAUUUCUCUGAAAGAGCUCCCUCUGUUGCCGUGGAGGUGGACUGCACCCAGUUUUAAACAGUGGAGUCGACUCAACAAAGAUAUUUCAGAUCCCUCCCCACAGCAGUCCCACGUUUUCGUAUAUACGCUACUACAGAAAUAGAGGAAUGCUGUAAUAAAGACUGACGGAUGGCCUUUACAGUAAAAAAAAAAAUAAAGAAGAAAAAAACAAAUAAAGACUUAAGAUGGCCACCUUCCCUAUUGCACGGCUGUAUUAUAGUCCCCUCUUCUUAAUCCCUCGGCACUCAGCAGCACAAGACUCGUGAUGGAGCCCAGAUGUUCUUCCAAAGGCUGUAUGUGGAUAACAUUUAAACAGCUGUCGACCGUGUGUGAGAAGAAAGAGCUGGGUGCUGUGUGGCCUGCACGCACUCAACAUUUUAAGGAAAAAAGGAGGGAAUCAAACGUGUCUACAAAACGUCGGAGAGGCAGGACGGCCCACGGAAAGGGAAGCUUAAAAAAAACAAAAAAAAACAUUUUGAACCAGAACGACGAGUCACCGACGACGAAAGCAGCCGGCGAUGGGAUUUUAAUGACAGAAUGAGCGGCUUUCCAGCGUCGGCGCGUUGUUGCACAGGGGCGACUGGACGCGGCGGCUGGGAGGAGGUGACGUGUGACGGUUUCUAUCGCUGCAGGAAUCACGGCCGAAAGCUGAAGGGAGGGAGGGUUAUUAGAGCUGUUCCUUACCUCAAGUUUUCUUAGUAUGUGGAAAUGGUGAACCUUUAAACUUAAAAUUGUUAUGAUAUGCAAAGAAAUUAGUUUAGAGAAAAAAAGUUACCAAAUUAUUAUUAUUAUUAUUGUAAUUAUUCUCAUUCAUAUUCUUAUACAAGCAUUAUUUUGUUUGACUCUGCAGCCAGUGCUGUUAUGGGGCAUGUAGAUCCAACAGUGAACCUUGGGGUUAACAUCAACAAAAUAAGCAUCUGUAUCUCAAAUACUCCACUUUAUGAGCUAUAAGACGCUUCUAUAGUCUCACGUCCUUUUUCUAAAGCACAGGAUUCCGCUGCAUUCUGUGUGCGACAGCCGCUCAAACACUACGGAAAGAUCAACACUAAGACAGAAUUGACUUUUAGCUUUUAGAUCCAAACGACAUCGUCCACCCACGACCCCGGGGUUCAGGUAUUUGUUGGUCCUUUGAUGUAGAGAUUUAUUAUUUGGAUUUUCCCCUCAUGCUCCAUCUUUUAUAGAGCAAAGUCCAACAUUGAAUGAGUCUUCCUGAAACAUACUUUAGUCGGUAAAUGUGUUUGAGACGCUGCCAGCAGCGUUUUCCUGAGCAAGAGAGCGAUUCUGGCGAGGAAUUAAUAAAAAAUAUUUAAAUGCAAAACACCUUACUAUUGUGCAUAUUUCUAUACUGUUGUAUUCUAUAUUUCCAACACGUGGCUUUUAUUUUGCUUUUGUUUUUGUUCCAAAGAUUUGUAGAAAGCACAUUUUUCUGCCGUAUGUAUAAAUAUAUUAUCUUUGUUAUUGUUAUUAUAAUAAUAUGGCUGUCUUUAUUUACUUAUUUUUCACUUUGUAUGUCUUUUUUUUAAUAUAUAUAUAAAUAUCUCUUAAGUGUUGUUCCUUCUCCAGUAAGGUGCAAAUUCAAUUUAACGUUUUUUUUUUAGUUGCUUUGGAAUAAAGUUCUUGAGCGGAGAGCGUAUCUGAGAAGGUACAGACUAGAGGAGAGCAUGUAACACUACCAAACCAGUCCUCUUGGUUAAAUAUUCAGUCCGUUUGUUUUGGGUUGAUUAUAGGAUCCGUUAGCAUGACAUUCUACUAUUUCAAAAUAUACAGGAACGGCUGGAUUUUUCUCUUCUGUCCAUGUUUUGGUGACUGGGACAUUUGGGAUGAAUCAACUUAGUCAUGUAGCACUUUGGUUUUACCCAACUGUGUUCCUGUUCUUGUUAGUUUUUCAUUUGUUUUUAGUUUGAAGCAGACUCCUUACAUUUCAGUGGUCGCGCCAGGUUUGUUUUAAGAUAAGUAAAAUGUCUGAACGUGUUAUCACGCAUUCAUGAUCAGGUUGAUAUUCCAACAUGGUGGAGAAACAAAAUGUCAUUGUGGGAUAUGAUCGAAGUUGUGUGUUAAAUGAGAUCUCUUUCUCUCUCGCAUUUAUAUAUAUAGAUAUAUCUAUAUAUCUAUAUAUAUAAUGCGCCUAGUAUUUUUUCUCUCUAACGUGUUGACAACUUCUACAGUUGUAUUUUCCAUUCCUCACAUUUGGAAGAAACGGUCAAUAAGAUUUGUUUUUCUCUACUGAAUGUGCUGCUCAUAGAUUUUCUCAUAAUUACAUACAUUUUAUUUGUCAUGUCUCACAACCGGAUGAGUUCUGAAGAAGAAAAAAAAAAAAAAAAAAAACUAGCCAAAGAUGCUAACUUACGGUCCCCAGCGCGUUCUGCUUGUGCGACACGCGAUACACAAAGGCGGACAUGACGGCAUGGACAAACCAGCAUGAGCGAUACUUGUCGAGUUUGAAAACUUUUGCAUGAAUCUUGUGUCUUUCAUAUUUUGACUCCUGAGCAGCCGAGCCCGGUUGCGUUCUUCUUCACCACUAAAGCGUGCGGGCAGCUAGCCGCUUGAGGCUAGCCAACACAACAAAGAGCACAGUGCAAACAAAACAACACGUGGCAGCUUCAUCUCCCCUGUCUUGGUUUUCUUGCCACUGUAUUAUAGUCGACUAUGUGGCCAUUCUUCAGUUGCUAUGGUUUCCUCAAUGAACUUUCCUCUAUCAUGUCUAUAUCCCCCUUGACUGCCAUUAUGUUUUUUAGUUAUUGAAUGUCCAUAUAAAAUGUUUUAUAUAAAAAUGUUUUGUUGUGA